AAUUCGCGCACUAGGAGAAGAAGGCCAAGAGACUCCGGGCGGGUGUUUUGUGACCAAGGCAAACCCCAGGUCUGCUUAGAGCGAGGCAGGUAAAGGAGGCAGCCAGGUGGGCCCCACACCUCUCGACAGUAUGGAUUACAAAUCAGGCCUGAUCCAAGAUGGGAACCCCCUGGAGAACCUGGAGAAGCAGCUGAUCUGUCCCAUCUGCCUGGAGAUGUUUACCAAGCCGGUGGUCAUCUUGCCGUGUCAGCACAACCUCUGCCGGAAGUGUGCCAAUGACAUCUUCCAGGCUGCCAAUCCCUACUGGACCAAUCGAGGUGGCUCGAUGUCCAUGUCUGGAGGCCGUUUCCGCUGCCCCUCCUGCCGCCAUGAGGUGAUCAUGGAUCGUCAUGGAGUGUACGGCCUACAGAGGAAUCUGCUGGUGGAGAACAUCAUUGACAUCUACAAGCAGGAGUGCUCAAGUAGGCCCCUGCAGAAGGGCGGACACCCCAUGUGCAAGGAGCAUGAAGAUGAGAAAAUCAACAUCUACUGCCUCACUUGCGAGACGCCCACGUGCUCCAUGUGCAAGGUGUUUGGGGCCCACAAGGCCUGCGAGGUGGCCCCGCUGCAGAGUGUCUUCCAGGGACAAAAGACUGAACUGAGCAAUUGUAUCUCCAUGCUGGUGGCGGGCAACGACCGCAUGCAGACCAUCAUCACUCAGCUGGAAGACUCCAGUCGAGUGACCAAGGAGAACAGUCACCAGGCAAAGGAACAGCUGAGCCGGAAGUUUGACAUGCUGUAUGCCAUCCUGGAUGAGAAGAAGAGUGAGUUGCUACAGCGGAUCACGCAGGAGCAGGAGGAGAAACUCAGCUUCAUCGAGGCCCUCACGCAGCAGUACCGGGAGCAACUGGACAAGUCCACGAAGCUGGUGGAGACAGCCAUCCAGUCUCUGGACGAGCCUGGAGGAGCCAUCUUCCUCUUGAGUGCCAAGCAACUCAUCAAAAGCAUUGUGGAAGCUUCCAAGGGUUGCCAGCUGGGGAAGACAGAGCAGGGCUUUGAAAACAUGGACUACUUUACUUUGGAUUUAGAGCACAUAGCAGACACCCUGAGGGCCAUCGACUUUGGGACAGAUGAGGAAGAGGAAGAAUACAAUGAAGAAGAAGAUCAGGAAGAGGAAGAGUCCACAGAAGGAAAGGAAGAAGGACACCAGUAAGGAGCUGGAUGAGGAAGAGACCCUCUAGAUGCAGAGAGACUGGGAAGGGUGGGGAUGGGCCCAGCCGCCUCGGUGACAGGCCCGGAGGGAGGGGUCGGGGGCCCUGUAGGGGCCAAGGGGAGGUUUGUCUUCUCUCUGCUCAGAGAGCAAGGACUAGGAGUAGGACCCCCACCGUGUCCAGCAGUCACUGAAGCAGAAUUGGAAAUGUGCUUGAAACAACCACACAGGACACUUUUCUACAUUGGUGCAAAAUAGAAUAUUUUGUACAUUUUUAAAAUGUGAUUUUUGUAUAUACUUGUAUAUGUAUGCCUAUUUGGUGCUUUUUGUAAAGGAACUUUUGUAUGAUAAUGCCUGGUCAUUGUGUGACUGGCGAUUGUUAGAUUGAGGGGAAGGAAGCCAGGCUGAUACAGCUGCCUGGUUCCUUUCCCUGCCUGGGAGGGCUGGGGAGCACUCACAGACCUGGAAGGGGUGAUGUGCUGUUUCAGUGCCUAUCCCUGACACAGGGGAUGGAAACUGCGUUUCUGUUACAUGUUGUUUUAAUAAAGGCACAGCGCUCUCUUCCUGUUGUUACCAGAUGAGUUGGGGUUUCUGUUAGGGUGGUUGGUGACAUGCGGGGACGAAAGAAUUCAGAG